AUGUCAUCAGAACAAACGCGCAAGGGCGGCAAGCUGCAUUAUCCAGCGCACACAGCACGCAUACAGCUUGGUAUAUGGGACGCGAGCAGUCCCCAAGGGACGGCAGAGUGGGCUCAUGGGCCCAUCAAGUGGGACGACGCUCCGGGUAAGAUCACAGCGAUAGUAAAAAGCGUGAGCGUCGAGUGCCCGACCAAACAUAGAUAG